AUGAACCUGUUUAUGAAAAAUGAAGAAGUGCGACGAAUCUGGGCCGAGCACUUUCUUUACAAGGUAGCAGUCAGCGACGCGCGCGAGUUGGCGCACUUUGCGCAAUCGAUCAAGCUCGGCAGCGUCGAGGUCGGUCGCGAGGUCGUUGCGGCGCUUGUUGAGGCGAAGCACCAAGACACUCAAACGUGUUUUCGCUGCGGCAGGACGGGGCACGCCGUCGGCAACACGGUGCUCGUGCUCACGGAGAAAGCGUCAGCGGCUCGCGCGAACGGAAACGAGAGCAAGGAGGAGAUGAGAGCGCGCAGAAAAACGGCUCGUGCGAGCGACACUAGCGAUAACGGGCCAGCUGCAACCUGCGCGGGCGGUUUCGUGCUCGCUGAAUACGAUGCGAUUGGCAUUGAUCGAGGCGUCCGUAUCCUUGCCAGCUGCGCGAGCAUACACCUCGUGAACGACGAGUCGCUGCUUGUUCAACAGGUUGUCUGCGUCCACGAGAUCACCAUGGCAGAUGGUGAGACUCUGCGGAUGACGCGUGUCGGGAGUGUGCGCCUCGAGUUACUAGUGCGCGGUGCGAAGACGAGUGUGGCGCUGAGUGAAGUUUAUUUUGCGCCGCGUCUGGCGAUGAACAUCGUUUUCUACGGGAAGCUCAACGUGUUAUACAAUAAGACGACAUCGACACGCGAGAGGCACAGCUCUGAAGAAGUGAUCAUAUUCGCGCUCGAAGCACUUGCGACGAAUGAUGAUGCCGACGGUGCGCACGAAGCCUCGCUGCUGCACUGGCACCAGCGACUUGGCCACCUCGCGUUUGAUACAAUCGGGCGCACGGCGCGCGAUCCAGCGUCGGGCAUCCGACUAACCAGAAACAAGCGCAUGGCGUGCAUGUCAUGCCUUAAGGGAAAGCAGACGCGCAACGCGCAGUCGCAACAGGACAGCGGUGCUAACUCUCCAAUCGACAGGAUCGGCGGUUUCAUCUGCUCGGGCCUCAACAUCCCGAUGAAGCCGCAGGACCACCUUGGUAAUCGAUAUCUGGUAAACUUUAUCGACCACAAGUCGAACUACUACCGCACGUUCCUCGCGCGCACGAAGGACGCGGUGGCAAAACAGUUUGAUGCUUUCCUCGUUCACUUCAAGAAGCUUUUCGGUUUCAAGGUCCUUGUGCUGCUGAUGGACGGCGGUGGCGAAUGA